UUUUUUCUCUCCUCAAUCCUUCCAUCCAAUCUCGUCUCUCUCAAUCCUCUCCUCUUCCCUCUUUCAUUCCAUCCAUUCAGUGUUUUUGAUUCAAUUUAGCACAGAAAGCAGUGAAAUUGGAAGAAAAAGGAACUAGUACAGGUUGCUUUUCCAUGAAUUCUUGAUUUCAAAGGGAUCGAGUAGCAAGGAUAAGAGUUGGGAGGAAAUGUCGAGUUUUGUAGGGGUGCUUGUCUCUGAUCCAUGGUUGCAGAGCCAAUUUACGCAGGUGGAGCUCAGAGGGCUUAAAUCCAAAUUUCUUCUGACAAAAAGGGAAAAGGGUCAGGUGACUGUUGGAGACUUGCCACCAUUGAUGGUCAAGCUGAAAGGCCUCAAUGAGGUGCUCACUGAGGAAGAGAUCUCCGCGAUCUUGAGAGAGUCAUAUCCUGACACUGGACAAGAGAUAGAGUUUGAGAAUUUCCUUCGGGCCUACUUGGAUAUGCAAGGAAGGACAGCAACAAAGUCGGGUGGGUCAAAGACAUCUUCAUCUUUUCUGAAGGCUUCCACAACCACAUUGUUGCAUACUAUUAGUGAAUCUGAGAAGGCGUCUUAUGUUGCACAUAUCAAUGGUUAUCUCAGAGAUGAUCCAUUCUUGAAGAAAUAUUUACCAUUGGACCCAGGUUCUAAUGAUCUAUUCAAUCUUGCAAAGGAUGGUGUGCUUCUAUGUAAAUUGAUCAAUGUUGCGGUUCCGGGGACAAUAGACGAGAGGGCCAUAAACACAAAACGUGUACUUAAUCCAUGGGAAAGAAAUGAAAAUCACACUCUUUGCCUCAACUCUGCAAAGGCUAUUGGAUGCACCGUGGUUAAUAUUGGAACACAAGAUUUGGUGGAAGCAAGGCCUCAUCUGGUACUUGGUUUAAUAUCUCAAAUUAUUAAGAUCCAACUUUUAGCAGAUCUUAAUCUCAAGAAAACACCUCAACUGGUGGAGCUGGUCGAUGACAGCAAGGACGUAGAGGAACUUCUGAGCUUGGCACCUGAAAAGAUGUUGCUCAAGUGGAUGAAUCAUCACCUUAAGAAAGCAGGCUACAAAAAAACUAUAACAAAUUUUUCUUCUGAUGUGAAGGAUGGAGAAGCUUACGCAUAUCUUCUUAAUGUUCUCGCCCCUGAGCAUUGCACACCUGCCACUUUGGAUACUAAGGAUCCCACUGAGAGAGCAAAAAUGGUUCUUGAACAUGCUGAGAAGAUGGAUUGCAAACGAUAUUUAACUCCAAAAGAUAUUGUUGAAGGAUCUACCAAUUUGAAUCUUGCAUUUGUGGCACAAGUAUUUCAUCGCAGGAAUGGUUUGUCCACGGACAACAAGGGGAUCUCCUUUGCAGAGAUGAUGCCUGAUGAUGUUCAAGUAUCCAGAGAAGAACGAGCAUUCCGUUUGUGGAUAAAUAGUCUUGGAAUUAGUACAUAUGUUAAUAAUCUGUUUGAAGAUGUCAGAAAUGGGUGGGUUCUCUUGGAAGUACUAGACAAAGUAGCUCCUGGAUCAGUUGCAUGGAAGCAGGCGACAAAGCCCCCGAUCAAGAUGCCAUUUAGAAAAGUUGAAAAUUGUAACCAAGUUAUACGUAUUGGGAAAGAAUUGAAAUUCUCUCUGGUAAACCUUGCUGGGAAUGAUAUUGUGCAGGGAAAUAAGAAGCUGAUACUUGCUUUUCUCUGGCAGUUGAUGAGGUCCAGCAUACUUCAACUUCUUAAGAACUUGAGAUGCCAUUCACAAGGAAAGGAGAUGACCGAUGCUGACAUUCUGAACUGGGCAAAUAAAAAGGUUAAGAGCACUGGAAGAGCUGCUCAAAUGGAAAGUUUCAAGGACAAGAACUUAUCAAAUGGAAUAUUUUUCCUCGAGCUUCUCAGCGCUGUGGAGCCACGGGUUGUCAAUUGGAACCUCGUCACCAAGGGUGAAAAUGAUGAGGAAAAGAGGCUGAAUGCUACAUAUAUAAUCAGUGUGGCAAGAAAGCUCGGUUGCUCCAUUUUCUUGUUGCCUGAGGACAUUAUGGAGGUAAACCAGAAGAUGAUUCUCACUCUCACAGCCAGCAUUAUGUACUGGAGCCUGCAGCAACAACCUGCAGAAACCUCAGAAUCUGCAGUACCCACAGAAACUGCUGCGGAACCAACUGAACUGUCUACCGAAGACACUCCCUCCGAGAUCAUUCCUCCAUCUUCUGAUCAUGAUAAAAAUGUUGUUACCGAGCGUGUAUCAAACCUCGCGGUCGACAACGCCAUUUCUGUCACCUCUGAAACUUCACGUGCAGAGAAUGAGAAUUCUAUUCAGAAUAGCAAGUAAUUGGAGAAGUGUUUCUAGCAGUGCAGUAGAUGAAAGUUGAUUAUAUACUGAAAUGAAAUUCAUUGUAUUCUUUUUUUGACUUUUUAUUAGUAAAAAGAAAAAAGAAAAAGGAAAGAUAAAAGAAAAAUGAAAAAUGAAAAAAAA